AUGGCAGCCUCUCCUCUGAAUGUCCAGCCUUCUUUCCAUGCUCGCUCGAACAGCUUGCCUUCAAGGCAACACCCCGUCACUUCAAAGAUUGAAGAAAAUGUGAACCAAUUGAGGGCAUCUCAAUCGGCCUCUACAUCCUCACCAAUGGAAGAUAAACUGAAUUGUCUUCAAGAUUUGUUUGACAAUGUUGACAUGUGUCUUCAGUUUCCCCUCACUCAGCAAGCUCUAGCUCAAGAGCAGCAAAGAAAAUUGGUUGAUGAACUUUUGGAUGGAUCUCUGGUGCUCCUCGAUGUAUGCGGAACUGCUAAAGAUGCCUUGCUGCAAAUAAAGGAAUGCACACAAGAACUUCAAUCGAUUUUGCGCCGAAGAAAAGGAGCUGUUGGGCUUGCAAAUGAGGUUAGGAAAUACUUGACCUUUAUGAAGGCAACGAGAAAGGCAAUCUUCAAGGCCUUAAAGAACUUGAAGCAUAUGGAGAAUCAACAUAGCACCUCUUCCUUCAGCAGAGAUGGCGAGACCGGAGCUGUGAUUAGCUCCUUAAAACAAGUAGAGGAAGUAACCAUCAGCGUGCUAGAAUCCUUGUUGUUCUUUAUUUCAAGUCCAGGGACUGAAUCGAAAUCAAGCCGGUGGUCACUAGUUUCAAAGCUAAUGUACCAGAAAAGAGUAUUGUGCGAGGAAGUAGAACACAGAACAAAUGAAAUUGCGAAUGUUGAAGCUGCAUUGCAUUCCAUGAUUAAAUCUGGAAACAUGAAGAAUGCUGAGGAUGUGCAGAACAAGCUCCAAAACUCAGAGAUGUGCAUCCAAGAUCUAGAAGAAGGUCUUGAAAGCUUCUUCAGGCGUUUGAUCAAAGCUAGAGUCAAUGUUCUCAACAUUCUCAACUGUUGA